ACAGUGGAAUUGCAGCAAAUGUUUGACAGAAUAGUAGUCACUGGUGAAACUGCAUGGACUUUAGCUGCUAGGCCUAUUCCUCCAGUACAACAGAAUGUGAGGUUUGAAGAUGCUAUUGAUUUGGAAGAAGGAAGUGGUGAUUCUGAUGAGGUGAAUGUCAUCCCAACACAAACUGGUGGAAGCAGUGAAAAAAGGAAGAAAAACACAAUUCGUCCUUCACUUACUGGCAAAGGGAAGAAAGUGAAAGUAGGGAGUGCAGCAUACAUGCAGAGAUAAUUGAAUCAUCUUUGUGAUGCAAUUGAAAGUUAUACCACAACUACUUUGAGUGAUUCAUCAAAGAAGAAUUAUGAAGCAUAUCUUGAGAGCACUGAAGAAUGUAUGGAGAUAUUGUGAACUUUACCUGGAGUUGAAGAUGGUAAAGAGCUUUUUAUGUUAGGUACUCGUUUGUUUGUGAAAUGAGAAUAUAGAAAUAUGUUUAGGAGUAUAAAAUCAGUUAACUCAA